ACCCAUUCCAUCCCAUUUGAUAUUGCAUUAUGUUAUUAUACGAGUUCAUUUUGGAUAGCAUAAUUUUGGUGGGAUUUGUAAUCGACACCGGGUGCGUCCCAACCCUUUGCGCGCAAGUCGCCUGCGAUGUAGUUGAGCCUCUUAGCAUUAACACCGAAAUCAAGAUAUCCGAUUCGGCUGCUGGAGCGAACCUGUACCCCCUUGGUGUCGAAGCCCUCGAUCAGAGCGAACUCGACGUCGUCGAUAUACCCGUUUUUCAGGCUCUCGAACUGGGCGUACACGUAAUUCUUCUCACUGGUGAUGAUCUUGAAGCCGCCUCCGUCGACGCCCGCCUGACCCGGCUGGUAGGCAUUGAUGGUAGAAACGAGCUCUGAAAAGGCCUUUUCAGAAUCAUAGCCCUCGGGCCACUUCCAGGAUGGGAUGUAGUGGUCCGGAUCGUCUUCCUGGAUUUCGGUCGACACGAAGCAGUUCGGUGCAGCCCCACAAUGCUUAAGGCCCUUGUAUUCCUCCCCGACGAUGUCCGUCCGCGUGGCAACACCUAGGUCCUUCGGCUUGGGGCCCCUCCGCUUAGGACGGUCGUCGUAUUUCGUGGAAAUCUUGUUCUCGAACGCGCUUGCUGCCCCUGGACCAGUGGCAAGGAAGGCAAGGCCCGCGAGCCCGGUGUUCAGAACGCUCUUGCGUGACA